GAAAUUAGUAAUUUGAUAUCAAGACAUAAUGUUGAAGAAAUUGUGUUCAGUGCAACGUCAAAUAUGUUAUACAUGUACACAACUCCUUUUGAUUGUUGUUAUGAUGAUUAAAAUUUAUCGGUUUUUUUAUAUAUAUUAGUGUUGGGAAGUCAAGGACAAAGAGGUAGGUUUCCCUUAAAUAUCAUUCAGAACAGGUUUAACGUGAUGUCGCAAGAAGUAAUUUUGUUAAUCAUCAUUGACUUAACUGUUAAUUUAAUCACUCCAAAAAGUUCCUGUCUCAUGACAUUCUUCUUCCUGGAAUAUUUAUGAAAUUAGUAAUUUUAAUAUCAAGACAUAAUGUUGAAGAAAGUGUAUUCAUUGCUACGUUAAAUAUGUUAUAUAUGUACACAACUCACUUUAAUUGUUGUUAUGAUGGUUAAAAUUUAUCGUUUUUUUUAUAUUAGUGGUGGGAAGUCGUGGAGAAAAAGGUGGGUUUCCGUUAAAUAUAAUUCUGAACAGGUUUAACGUGAUGUCACAAGAAGAAAUUUUGUUUAUGAUUCACCUAGAUAAAAUUAUUUACAAAUACCUUAUGCUUAAUCAAAAGAAAAAUGACAUGUAAAAUGUUUCAGCAGACCUCUGCUCUUGAAAAAUAUAAUAUGCACAAAAACACUGAUCGAUAGUAUUUCCAUGCAAAAAAGACAGUUUUGUCAUUUUUACACAUCAUUUCAUUAUGUAUUCUAAACUUCACAAGUAAGUAUUAUUCAAAAGUUGUUGCUUGAAAAGCGAAUCAAGAAAAGAAUUUGAUAGGAGUCAGGCGUUAUCUUCUUAGAACUUCGUAUAGUAAAUUUACGAUCAAGAGGAUUUAAUUUACAGUCUUUAAGGUUUCAUACAUGUACUACAUAAUUACCUUUUAUUGUUUUUAUGGUGGUCAAAGUAAUCUGUUUUUUAUAUUAGAUAGAAGACGAGGGAAAAAAGAGAAGGGAAGCUCUCAAUCGGUUUGGGGAGUUUGAAAAAUCAAGGAUUGUGUAUGCAAUAAAGAUAAGGCAAGCUGGAGAAAAGCUUUUGCUGUUAUUCCUAACAAUUCUACUAGUAGCUGCACACUUACUCUCUCUUUGCGUUUCCUCUGGACGCAGAAAAACACAUGUAUUACUUUGGUCGGAUAAAGCGGUGUUACUUGUGUUAUGGACGUGUGGUGAUGUGGAACUGAAUCCUGGGCCAGUAAUUAAAAGACUGGCCAGAUCUGAAGUUAUACGAAAAUUUCAGAGAAGCACCCAGACACUUAUUGUGAAAUUAAUCUAUGAAAAAAGUCAAACAAAGAUUCCUAAAUCACUCUACAGCCAGGGUCCUCCAGGAUGGAAAUGGGACCUAGAGUUCAAAAACAUAUCAAAUCUAAACAAAGGAGGGGAAGAGAUUUUCGAUAAAUUAAUUAUGCUAUUCAAGGAGAAAUGGAACCCUUUACCACCUGGAUGGGAUAAUUUGCUGAAACAUUACCAAAAUCUAAAGGAAAACAACAACGAAGAGAGCAAAAACGCAUUAGAGAGUUGGAUGCUGGAAACGGACUUUGUUCCAGCAAUCAUAUUACAUGCGAGCAUUAAUGGAAAAUCCUUAACAGAUUCGCUUGAAGCUUUUGAAAAUGUUUUGAAGAGAUGGAAGGAUACCUGUGGGAUACUUGAACCGACCCGUGUUACUGCCUUUUCAUUUUUUACAAAUGACGAUAAAAAGACUCUUUUCUCUUCUUCAUCAAAAAGCGCUACGAUUGAAAGAGCAGUUCUUCAACAAAAUGUCGUAUCUGACAAAACAGACAGCAUGUUGCGUGUACCUUCCAUUAAAGAAAGUGAUAAAUCAGAAAGUCAUGUUAUACAAUGGGAAGAAAAUGCUCGUCAAAGGCAAAGUUUUGCCCGCCCUAACCCUGAUACAGAUGUGACACACGCAGUCAAAGACACAGAAGAUUUCAAAAGCAACAAAGGAACAGCAGAGCACUUGCAACAGAAUCCAGACUUGUUUGAGCAUGUACAAAACAAUACAUUUAUUUUUGAAAAAACAAAGUCCAAAGGUGAUGACAACCAACAGUUCCCAAGAACGCACUUCUUGACGGAAAACAAACUAAGUGAAAAAGUGAGAACUCCAAACCAGAUGCAGAUGAAAAGAAGAUUACCGGAUGGAGAUCAGUUGUUAAAUAAUUCAAAAGUACCAAGGAAUAACGUUUACAUUUCUAAACAAAAAAGUGAUAACAUGAUUGAGAAUAUUCAUUUGGAGAAAACUACAGCUGAACAACUUACAAAUGAUGUGCAAAGGAACAACAACGCGGAACAAUCACCAACGAUUACAUCGGAUUCCGACAAAAAUCAAUCCUCCAACGAGAAUUCAUUAGAUUGUCAAAGCAGUCCAGUCCACACAGUCCUGAAUGAUCAGGACAAAAGUUUCUUGGAGGAAGACGUAUUUGAUGAUUUUUUGAUCAAUAAUCUGUAUCAGACGUUCCUAGUCCCUGAUUUCCUAAGGAAAUAUUUAAGUGAGCUUAAGCUUGGCACUGUUCAGCCUCUGGCAGAUGUUACCGAAUUGUGCCAAAGAAUAUUGAAUAUACAUACAUGUUGAUGCAGUUCUGUUGAAAUCAAGCAGUGAUAAAAUAUGUUAAAGAUGAUAUUUAUUAACUCUCUUCUUGUGAAUAAGUGUUUCGUAUAACCAGGACUUUGGGUUGAGUAGUUUUCUUAUUUUGAGCAACAACAACGACCGCUUUCUAGUGAUUGCGUUAUAAAUUGUACAUAGAGAAAUGACACGUUAUUUUUAUAAGCUCGGUGAAUUAAUGAUUUAAUUUU